UGAGUCGGGCAGGGAGUAGUCGGGAGGGAGAGCCCGAGUGGGAAGGUCGUCGUCGCUCUGUUUUGCCCCGCCCACACGCUGCUGCUGCUGUCGCUGUUGCCGCAGUCGCCAACACUACCGGCACGCGCGGCGCACCCUCGAUUUCUUGCUCACUCAGCUGGCUGCUACGGGCACUCCUUCGUUAUCUGUUUCGUCUGUGGUUACCAUAGACGGGAUGACACGCAGCACCUGAGCCUCAGACUGCACCUCAACUUGGAGGGUGAGUCGAGGCCAAGAACCUGAGGUCCACGCCGCUGAGGCACAAGCAUACCAGCCUACCAACGCUACUGAAAACCUUUCAAGAUGAUGUUGGUGAUGCUGAUAGUCGCCUCGACCUGCUGUGCUCCUUUCACCUACGGGCAGAUAAUGGAUUUCGGCAAUGUGCUAGGUGUGGCGCAGGGAAAGUCCCCGUGGAGCUCUGAAAACGACUAUUACUACGACACCCUGAACCCAGAGCACGCCCAACCAGUCAUCACUUCGCCAGCACAGCAGUUCCUGAUCAACGAGGGAGACAACGUGGUGUUCCCCUGUGUCGUCACCAAUUUAGGAGAGUACAAUCUGAUCUGGCGACACGGCGAUAAACUUUUGUGGAUCCUACUAGAGAAAAACGGGGAAAGGCUUGAGCAGGAAAUGACGAUGGGUGACAGCCGCCUCAGCCUGGAGGGGACGGCACUCAGCCUGCGGGACGUCCAGGGGGAAGACGCGGGUUCCUAUACAUGCGAGAUUUCAUCAAAGCCGCCACGAACUCUAAAUCAUACGCUAGAUGUCAGAGUGCCGCCCGCCGUGUUCCCGGCGAACAACCGCAGCGUGGUCACUGUCAAGAUGGGGAGCUCCGUCACCAUCGCAUGCCUCCCAUACGGCAAACCUCGACCCUCCAUCACCUGGAGUCUCAAGCGGUGUGAGUGGCUGAUAGCAAGUCUCCAUGUCUCGCAGGGGAGGAAGCUGACACGUGCCCCCUCCGGUAACAGGCUGGUAGUGACCAACGCCCAGCCUGAGGACAACGGAAUGUACACGUGCACGGCGGACAACGGCGCCCCGACCACAGCCAAGGCUGUCAUCACUCUUCAGGUUAUGUUCCCGCCGAAAGUAAGGGUAGAAGAGGAGGAGGUGAUCACGGGGGUAUCCUACAGCGCCACACUGGCCUGCUUCGUGGAGGCUGAGCCCAUGGCCAAGGUGAACUGGUACCGCAAAGGAGACAUUCCCGUCGAUCCUCUCAGACUGGUGAAGAAGAUGGACGUGAGGAGGAGGUACUCGCUUCAGUUCGACAUGGUAACCCUAGAGGACUUCGGGGUGUACACCUGCAACGCCACCAACUACAUGGGUAACUCCUCGGCAGUAAUACAUCUCACGGGCCGCCCCAAGCCCGUUAGGUACUUCAGUUCGCCUCAGGGGGAUGAGAACACCACUUACACUCUGGUCUGGGACGUGGAGAGCUACGCGCCAGUGCUCACUUACACCAUCUCCUACGGGAACGAGAGUGACCCUGAGGACCAGUGGGUGAACCUGAUGGUGCCCGGCACGUCCUCCUCCUCUAGCCUGCACUCCAGCAGCCACACCUUCGACAACCUGCAACCUGGCGCCACCUACAACGUGCAGGUCACUGCCACCAAUGAGUUCGGGGAGAGUGACGUUAACGAGACCUUUGCCUUUUCCACGCUGCGGGAAGCCGGCAACAUCUCCCCCGAGGGCGACAAGCCUACGGGGGAUCAACAUCCCCACCCACCCAGCCACCAAUCCCAAGACGUGGUUUCAGAGACAGACGAGGAAGAGGAACCCUCUCAGGUGACUCCCAUCAAGGACGCCGCAACAGUUGGAACUACAGAUGGCGAGGGCGCUAAACCAACGCUGCAGGAGCCGCAGGUCAUCCACGACGGGGUAGCAACGGCAGAGUCUUCAGCAUCAGCACAAGACUCUGCGGCGCCCACUCUCACCCCUGCAGAACGCCGGACGCAAAUGGGGGCUUUCCUAACGGCAAUCAUCCUCUCCUGUUUUUUCUCAUAAUCUGCUAUGAGGCUGUGAGCAGAAUCGUCUUCAUCCCCGGCUUGGAGAUGUACCUGGCAAGAGACGUGACAGAUCUGGAUUACGAAUGAGCCGCCAAGGAGCAACUACACGAGUAUCCGGCGGAAAGCGUUAUGUGAAUGCCAGCGGUCACGGCCUGUGUGCCUAAAGUCUGCAGUCAACAGUCAGAAUCUCAGAGGGAAGAAAAAAUGAGCAUAUGUGGAACGAGAAAAUAUUAUCGUGGACUUGAUUUGUCGAGGAUCAGAGACGAUGUACCCGAGUGUGGAGGUGAAGCGUGCCCAGGUGGUGCGAGGCGCUGUGUGGCGGUGGUGAUUGGUUUGUCUGGUGACCUCAGUGCCGCCUGGUGAGGACUGCAGCAAGGAGGCAUAACGGGAGACUUGCUAAGCACUCCAGGCAGCAGCAAGGUACACACACACACACACACACACACACACACGAGGCAGUUAGUCCUAUUGUCAGCACACUUUCGAAGGACAUUACUGACCGUUCCUUACAGCCAGUGAUGCUCCCCUAUACCUCAGUAAAAGAUCACAUUGUGGAGCCGUUGCUGCAUUAUGAUUUCACUGUACGUUGGCAGUCUAUUGUCGUGUACAGUUCAGGUUCAGUGUGUCCCUUAACCUCCCUACAACUCGCUAACAUCUCUGACGCUGUCGAAGGACUUGCAUUGUCGCCGCGAGACGUCCAUCGCUCACCACACAGAUUCACUUGUGUUUCAUCAUUCCUCUCUGUAACUGGAAGGUGGCUCAUCUUCAUCGGGUGACUACCAUCGCCUGAUCCUCGCCAGGCCAUCAGCUGCACCUUGGUCUCUCUCUCUCUCUCUCUCUCUCUCUCUCUGAUGGCCUGUUGCAGCACGCCACGAAGGCUUUUGCACCUGUUGAUAACUUUCUCGUCAUGCAAAUAGCUAUUAUUACUAAUAUUACGAUUAUUAUUAUUAUUCUCAUCAUCAUUAUCUGUAAAAACGAUUCUCAUUCAAGAUCAACGUACGUACAUAUUAUUACUGUACAGUAUAGCCACAGACAGAGACAAACAUGCUCCUCUUUCCCAUCCUCCAUUCCUUCAUCCCUCCUCUAACACUUCCCCUCUCACCUUCUGUACCGCCUGCAACACUCACUCAGGCCGAGGAUGGAAUUGACUCUCUCACAUUUCCCAUAGCAGGGUAUGUACCUUUACUACUACUACUACUACUACUACUACUACUACUACUACUACUGCUCCUACUCCUACUCCUUCCUUCUCUUUAGUUCCUCUCCACAGUGUUGUGAAUAUUUUGUUCUAAGUAAAGUUAUAUUUUCCUCCCACGUGGAUCAAGACUUGGUAAUAAAGGAUGUAAUAUAGUCGUUA